CAAAACUAAAUCAGCCGUAUCGCUUGGGAAUAUUCGCAGGCGGCCAAGUCAGUCGGUAUUACUUCUUCCAAAUAACGUAUAUUGUAAUGACAUUAGAAAAGCGAAUUGCUUCUUCCAAUUUUCGCUCCGAGUCUCAGUGCGGGGUGUGCAGCGGGAUGCACAGCUUCGGCAUUCUCCGCCCUUUGGGACAAAAGUCUCACCCUGCCAGAGGGUGGAUACGUAAAAUUAAGUGUGGCGAGGAAUUUUGUGACAGAACGCGAUCGUAUCAAUCUAUCAAACAGGCGGGCGGAUGCUCCUUUGGCGGAGAAAGCCAAAGAUGUGGCACAGCUCUGCCGGUUUUGCCAGAAUGCGCCAUUCUGCCGGGGAGUGGACGCGUAUACGCCACAUCGGUGGCGUCGAUCAUCCUUAAGCGAUGUGGCUCCUGCCAUCUGGCUCCCACGAACGAUUCCUCGUUGAGCGGGGAGACGCGUACUCUUGCAGCACCGCAAAGGCGAUGGCACUUGAGGUCGUUCCACUGUUCCAAAGACCUUUUCAUCUUCAGAAUCAUACCAUAUAGCGUGAUUUGGGGUGCCAGCUGAAAGAGACACACCGUCCGAAAAGAGGGGAAAUACGUGACUAUGAGUGGGACAAGUCUCGGAUAGGCUCGAUCAAAGGCACCUCGUUCUUUGUGGGCGCAAGCUUGAAGACAGUAUCGGCAUCGGCCGCUGAUGUCAGAUGCGACCGCGUUUUGAAUUUG